AUCAAAUGAAAUCUGAUGUAACAGGUACGUUGAUCUUCUUAUUCUAAGUACCAGCAAUACCUAUUUGUUCAACACAAGAGCUAUCUUAAAGUAAUAAUCCAAGAUCAGGCCAUUGGACACAAGCAGAACACAAACUCUAUCUUGAUUUUCUUUAUCAGUCCUAAGAUUUGAUUGAAUCAUCUUAAAAUAACAAAGGAUAAAGAUUAUUCAAAAAAAUGAGUUAAGUAAUUGCCACAAGAAGUCCAAGUUAAUGCAGGUAUAAUUUUCGUCAACCUAUAACAACAACAGAUCACAUCACCAAAAAUUCAAUCCAUUUAAUGUUCAAAUAAUAAAAAGAAAAAAAAGUAGUAAAUUAUCUAAGCCAAUCAAAGAAAUACCACCAUAAAUCAGAAGUAAAUAAUAUUUCCGAAAAUUAUUUGCCUCUUUUAAAGAUCAUAGUUCCGAAUCUAUGUCAGAGGAGGAGCUAAAUCAAAAUAUUUAAUGAAUAAAUAUAUUAUAUUGAAUUUAGUAUACAAAACUUUCUAUCAAUAUAACUUAUGUUUUAUUCACUCAUUAAUUCUGACCAUACAAAAUUCACUAGUUUUCAUAAAUUAAAUANUAACAAAGCCUUAAUUUAUUUUUCGCUUAUUUAUAAAACACACUACUAUUGUGAAGUAAGCUUAUUAAUAAAAAUAUUGAGCUCGGUUGCAUUCUUGAGCAAAAAAGUUAAAACAUAAACAUUCCUAGAAAUUGGAAGAAUAUUUAGAAUACAAUAAAAAACAUUUUAUAUUAAAACUAAUAAAUUUUCAAAUCAUAUGAGAUAAUAAAGCUCCAUCAAAAUUGAGAAAAAAGUAAAGUUUUUAUAAUGAAUAGAUAAUUAAGGAUUUAGACAUAUAGAAUCAAAUAAAGCGUAAAUAAAUGAAUUAAAUAAUGAUUUGA